AUGGCAGCCAGCUCCUUCCACCAGUCAUCAGCAUCCUCUGACUUGGUAUCCACCUCUUCACACCAGUCAGCAUUCUCUGACCUGGCAGCCAGCACUUUCCACCAUUCAGCAUCCUUUAACCGGGAAUCCACCUCUUCACACCAGUCAGCAUUCUAUGACCAGUCAGCCUUCUCUGACAUGGCAGCCAACUCCUCCCAUCAGUCAGCAUUUUCUCACCUGGCAGCCAGCUCGUCCCACCACUCAGCAUCCUCUGACCGGGCACCCACCUCCUCAAACCAGUCAGCAUUCUCUGACCUUGCAUCCACUAUUUCACACCGGUCAGCAUCUUGUGACCUGUCCGCCUUCUCUGACCUGGUAGCUAGCUUCUCCCACCUGUCCGCAUCCUCAGACCUGGCACCCCUUUCUUCACAACGUUCAGCAUCCUGUGACCUGGUAGCCAGAAGCUCCCACCAGUCAGCAUUCUCUGCCCAGUCAGCAUCCUAUUACCUUGCACCCACCUCUUCACACCACUCCUUCCACCAGUCAUCAUUCUCUUACCUGGCACCCACCUCUUCACACCAAUCAGUAUCCUCUCACCUGGUAGCCAGCUCCUCUCACCACUCAGCAUUUUCUGACCUGGCACCCACCUCUUCACACCAGUCCGCCUUCUCUGGCCUGGUAGCUAGCUCCUCCCACCAGUCAGCAUUCUCUGACCUGGUACCCACUUCUUCACACCACUCCUCCGACCAGUCAGCAUUCUUUGACCUGUCGUCCAAAUCUUUCCACCAGUCAGCAUUCUCUGACCUGGGAGCCAGCUCCACCUACCAGUCAGCAUCCUCUGACCUGGCAACCACCUUCUUCCACCACCAACUCCUACCACGUAAGCAUCCCCUGACCUUGCACCCACCUCCUCCCACCAGUCAGCAUUCUCUGACCUGGCACCCACUCCUUUACACCGUUCAGCAUCCAUCCGCUUUCUCUUACCUCGUAGCUCGCUCCUACCUCCACUCAGCAUUCUCUUACCUGGCACUCACCUCUUCACACCAGUCACCAUCCAGUGACCUGGUAGCCACCGCCUCCCACCAGUCAGCAUUCUUAGACCUGGCAGCAAGCUCCUCCGACCAGUCAGCAUUCUCUGACCAGGCACCCACUUCUUCACAACGGUCAGCAUCGUUUGACCUGUCAGCAUUCUCUGACCUGGCACCCACUUCUUCACACCGGUCAGCAGCAUGUGACCUCUUAUCCAGCUGCUCCAACCAGUCAGCAUUUUCUGACCUGGCAGCCAGCUCCUUCCACCAGUCAGCAUCCUAUGACCUGGCAUACACCUCUUCACACCAGUCAGCAUCCUCUGACCUGGUAGCCACGUCUUCACACCAGUCAGCCUUUUCUGACCUGGCAGACAGCUACUCCCACCAGUCAGCGUUCUCUGACUUGGCAGCCAGCUCUUCCCACCAGUCAGCAUUCUUUGACUUGGCAGCCACCUCUUCACACCAUCAGCCUCCUCUGACCUGGUAG